AUGUCGUCCCCUCGACGUUCUUCGGGGUUCGUGCCCCCCCCAAAUCAACAUCACCAGGGUACACCGUCAAAUACUACUUCCUUUUUAGAACUGAGCCCUCAACAUGGCUGGCAGAUGAUGUCGACUCGCGGCCAGAGUCUGCCGCGUCUGCUCAGAAGAUAUUCACAUUCCGAGGACAAUAACAAGGCUAACUCUGUGGAUGACCUUGAAACUGGUUCCCACGGAGUAGAAACUGCUGGUAGUAUCCGACAUCUUACCGUCUCGCCGACAGGGGAACGGCCUCGUAGGCGAGGUUCGAUUCUGAUUGGAGACACAAGGCCGGCGUUUCGAUGGUCGGAUUAUUAUACAUCUACCGAGGAAUUGGCUAAGCUUCGGAAACCGGUCCGGGAGUACUAUGAGCGAAUGAACUACCUCGUUUCUCGAUAUAGUUUUAUCGACCGCCUUCUAGACUCAUCGAUUGCUCGUGAUCUGCUAGAAGAUUAUGAGCGAUUCUGGGCUACCAAUCACCGAAGUCAUUUGCACCCGAUUACAGAAGAUCCAAUGCCCAUUUCUCCCGGAAGCUUGGGAGCGCACCCUGCUAUGCCGGAAUCCGAAUCGCAGGGAACUGACCGCACUCACCGUCAUCUAAAUGAAACAACUCCGUUGCUAUUAUCUUCAGACGAUGCAGACGAGAUGAUGGAAAUCUCCCAAUCGUCAAGAGAGCAAGACUCUCGUCGCAUCGUCAUGACGGCUGUAUACGUCAACCUGAUAGCGAAUCUGAUCCUGCUCAUUGCCAAGAUCGUCGUCACUCUAAUGACUAGCUCUGUCUCUGUCUUGGCUAGCUUGGUAGACGCAGCACUCGACUUUCUGAGUACAGCUAUCGUCUGGAGCACUACCCGGCUGACCGGACGACGAGAUAAGUUCCGCUUCCCGGUAGGCCGUCAGCGUCUGGAACCUUUAGGGGUACUUAUCUUCUCGGUCGUGAUGAUUACAUCCUUUUUCCAAGUUGGAAUUCUCUCGAUACAGCGCCUGGCCGACGAAGAUGAUACUUUAGUUGAAUUGACGGUGCCUGCACUCAUCAUCAUGGCAUCAACAGUGGCCAUCAAGGGUCUUUGCUGGAUCUGGUGCCGAAGGAUCAACAAUUCAAAUGUUCAAGCGUUGGCUCAGGAUGCCAUGACGGACGUUGUAUUCAACACCUUCAGUAUCGUUUUCCCUCUUGUCGGCACAUUCGCCAACAGCAGGUACUUCGACCCCCUCGGCGGUCUCUUCCUUUCAUGUUAUGUAAUCGGCAACUGGGCCGGCACCGCAAGCGAGCACAUAGCCCACCUAACAGGUGCCGCCGCCUCACCCGCGGACCGCAGCGUUCUGCUAUACAUUGUCAUGCGCUUCGCAGAAUGCAUACGCUGGAUCCAAAACCUUGAGGCGUACUAUUCCGGUGAUAGACUGAACGUAGAAGUCGAUAUUGUGCUUGACGGACACACAAGCUUGCACGAUAGUCAUGAUAUCGGUGAGAGUUUGCAGUAUAUGCUUGAAAGCACGGUGGCGAAUGUCGAUAGGGCGUUUGUGCAUCUGGAUUAUGCGGAGUAUAAUUUGCCGACGCAUGUGGAUCCUGCUUGA